AGUCUGGUUCUGCAAUUACUGCUUCCUGUGUUGGUUUGGGGAAUUCUACAACACCUCCACCUGGGCAGGCAGGAAAACCAGUGCCAGGAUACAAUGUGAUGAUUCUGGAUGAAAAUAAGGAACCAGUGAAGGCGAAGACUUUGGGAAAUAUUGUGGUAAAGUUGCCUUUGCCUCCUGGAGCAUUCUCAGGUCUUUGGGAAAAUCAGGAAACAUUCCAGAAGUUAUAUUUCCAAAAAUUUCCAGGAUAUUAUGAUACUAUGGAUGCAGGGUAUAUGGAUGAAGAUGGCUAUUUAUACGUACUGUCUCGAGCUGAUGAUGUGAUCAAUGUUGCCGGACACAGGAUUUCAGCAGGCGCAAUUGAAGAGUGUGUUCUCUUCCAUCACGCUGUGGCAGACUGUGCUGUUGUGGGCCAGGAGGAUCCUUUAAAAGGACACGUUCCAUUUGCGCUGUGUGUACUGAGAGAAGGUGUAAAGACAAAAGAGCAGAAGAUUUUGGAAGAGAUUGUUGAGCGAGUUCGAACUAACAUUGGUCCGGUAGCAGCUUUCCAGAAGGGCGUGUUUGUGAAACAGCUACCGAAAACACGCUCUGGCAAGAUACCACGUUCAGCUCUUUCUGCGCUUGUCAGUGGAAAGCCAUACAAGGUAACACCAACCAUUGAAGAUGCUAGCGUGUUUAAACAUAUUGAAGAAGUGCUAAAGAAAAAUUAA